CAGCCCAGCAGUAUGUUUGCAGAGAGGGGAGGCCGCACCUCCAGCACCUGAGGGCGCAGGUUCGACCGCCUUCUCCUCCAUCUCCAUCACUUGAGCCCUGACAGGAGGCGGCCAUGCAGCGAGGCGGCCCGGCACACAUGCGACACCUUCUUCUAUGGCUGCUGCUUGCACACACGUCAGCGGAUUUGCCAAUGUGCAAAGAGUCAGAUUAUCACUUUGAGUACACAGAGUGUGACGUCCUGGGCUCUCGGUGGAGGGUGGCCAUUCCCAACAAGGCUGAAACAUGCACAGGCCUCCCAGAUCCAGCCAAAGGCACCCAGUGCACGUUCUCCUGCAACGAGGGGGAGUUCCUGGACAUGCGGACUCAGCAGUGCCAGAAGUGUGCAGCAGGAACAUACUCACUGGGCACUGGUGUGGCCUUCGAUGAGUGGGACAAACUCCCCACUGGGUUUGUCACUCUUGGGAUGAACACAAAUGGCUGGGACGUCCACACAGACUGUUCCAACUCAACCUGGACACCAAUGGGAGAUUACAUAGCCUCCAACACAGAUGAGUGCUCGGCGACGCUUUCCUUUUCUGUGGACCUGAAGAAAGCAGGAAUUGUGUCUUUUGAGUACUUUUACCCUGAGAGCAGCAUCUACUUUGAGUUCUUCGUCCAAAACGACCAGUGUCAAUCAACAGACUCUGCAAGGCGUUGGAUGAAGAUCUCUGAAAAGGACUGGAGCCAACACGGGGUCAAGCUGAACAAAGGCAACAACGUACUAUUUUGGAGAACGACAGCAUACGCUCUGCAGGACAGCUCCAUCAAACCGGUGCUGUUACGAAACAUUGCCAUCUCGGGGGUGGCCUACACAUCAGAGUGUUUUCAUUGUAAGCCUGGCACCCACAGUGCACAGCUGGGAUCUGCCCGCUGUGCCCCCUGUCCUGCUGACACUUACUCCAACAAGGGGGCCACUGUUUGCCAGCAAUGUGAACUUGAUAAAUAUGCAGAGGUUGCAUCAGGAAGCUGCCAGCAGAGACCUGCAUGUACAAACAGUGACUACUUCUACACGCACACGCCAUGUGACUCUGAGGGGAAGACCCAGCUGAUGUACAAGUGGAUCGAGCCUAAGAUUUGCAGUGAGAGCGUAGAUGGGUCGGUGAAGCUGCCUGCAUCAGGGGAGAAGCAAACAUGUCCGCCCUGUAACCCAGGAUUCUUUGUCACCAACUCCUCUGCCUGUGAAGCCUGUACACAGAACUUCUACUCAAAUGGAACAGUGUGUGAAAAGUGCCCAGUUGGCACAGAACCGGUGGUGGGUUUCGAGUACAAGUGGUGGAACACAAUGCCUACCAACAUGAAGAGUUCUGCCUUACGUGGGUUUGAUGACUUCAUGCACAGCACUGCGUGGGAAGUGGCAGGAGAGUAUGUGUACACCACCCCAGGGUAUCGGGAUACAGACUACCUCACACUCUCACUUAGUGUCCCUGGAUACAGGCUUCCACAGUCUGUUGCAAAAGACAACGAGCGAAGUGAACUCUCUCGCGUCACUUUCGUCUUUGAAACCUUUUGUUCUGCAGACUGCACCUUUUAUUUCCUGGCGGGUUACAGUGAGUGGAACAACAACGUGGUAGAGCAGUGGAAGGGCAGCAGCAGCAAGCAGUCUUACUCCUACUUGAUUCAGAGCAACACGACCGAUACGUUCACCUGGACUUUCCAAAGAACAGACAACGACACGACAGAAAGAAGGUACAGUGCUGAUGUGGCGAAGAUAUAUUCCAUCCUCAUCACCAAUGUGGUCGGUGGCGUGGCCUCACGGUGUCGCCAUUGUGCCCUGACUUCGACUGACUCUGCCUGUGUCCCCUGCCCGAGGGGAAAAUACAUGUCAGUUGGGGAUGGAAAGUGUAAGAGCUGUCCGCCUAACUCCUUCAUCAGAGCUGAUCAGUCUGUCAGAGAGGCGGCUUGUGUCCAGUGUGGUCCAAACACAAGGACAAACGAGGCCUACACGGCGUGCUUCAGUGACUGUACGCUGGAUGUGGCGACGACAGAAAGUGCCGCGCUGCACUACGACUUCUCUCCUCUGUCCAACAUCACCUCUUUCCACAGCAGCCCUCGUUUCACCAGCAAAGGCCUGCGAUACUUCCAUCACUUCAACAUGGCUCUUUGUGGGAAAGAGGGCCGAGUGCCGGCUACAUGUAUUGACAAUGUGACAGAGAACAACAGAGAGGUCAGAGGUCAUGUGUGCCAGUCCAUUGUGGUUCCCUCUGACAUCAGGAGUGAGAACCUGGUGUCAUCACAGCCGUUCGUCAUUGGUGAUUCGCUUGUAGGUAUAACCACUGACACCACCCUGAGUAACAUCUCCUCUCCACAGUGGCUCUUCCCCUCCACAUCAUCUGAUUUGCCAGAUGUUAUAUUCUAUUACAAGUCCACUGAGACGACUCAAGCGUGUAAACAAGGCCGGUCGGCCACCCUUAGGCUGCGAUGCGAUCCAGCAGUGAGCGCUACAGACCACAUCACACUGCCAAGUAACUGCUCAGAGGGGACAUGUGACGGUUGUACUUUCCACUUCCUUUGGCAGAGUCAGCAUGCAUGUCCACUUUGCACCCAAAACAAUUACAGAGAGAUUGUUAGCGCUUGCAUCCAGGGAAUACAGAGAACAACGUACGUGUGGCAGCAGCCGAUAGAAUGUCAUGAAGGAGUGUCCCUUCCAGCACAAAAGGUCAGCGCUUGUGUGACUCUGGAUUUUUGGCUCAAGUUAGGAGUUUCCACAGGAACGAUUGCUGCUGCGCUGCUCAUCACCCUCAUCUGUUACUUCUGGAAGAGGACGCGCAAAUUGGAGUACAAGUACUCUAAGCUCAUGAUGAGUUCUGGAAGCAAAGAGUGUGAGCUUCCUACUGCAGACAGCUGUGCAAUAAUGGAGGGAGAGGAUGCAGAGGAUGACCUAAUUGACCUUACCAAAAAGUCCUUCUUCGCCAAAAUUAAGUCCUACUCCCGAGAAAGAACAUCGGAUGGAUUUGAUUCAGUGCCUUUGAAGUCGUCAUCUUCCCACCUGCAAAGAGAGGACGACGAUUCUGAUGACGCUUGAAACAACCAUGGAAUGUUUUACUGCAGCAGAAGACAUUUGUGGUGACUGCAAUAAACAGAUUUGGUAUGGGUGUGGUAAAUAGGCUGGCUAUGUUGUUUUCACUUUGUUGUAACAUUUUACAUGACUGUUACUUUUUAACUAUUGUCUUAGCUUUAAUUGUGUUUUGGAUUAGUGAGACGUUUCCAUUUUAAUGGUAUUGGACAACUUUUUAAAUGUCUUUCUUUGAAUUUGUUAAUCAGUUCUGCUACAUUGCCAAUUUGUAUUAUUA